UCGUUUCCUUUCAGACAUCCGAGCGAGGCUGUAAAGGGUGCUGCCUUGGAGACGUCUACCGGCGUCCUUCACGGUGGAGUGCUGCCAGUGUCUAGCCGAGACUCCGUUCGGCGAUAUCGUCGAUCUAUUGUGGUGCGGACACCUGCUGUGCAGAGACUGCGUGCACACGGCUGCUGUGAACUCGACAACUAAUUUUGUUCGAUGCCCUGCCGCUCCAGAAGGUGGCGCACAAUGCCAGUCUUACGUCCAAGAAUCUGCGCUGAAAUCUCCAGAGUGGCGGCUCGGCCGACAGACGACGCUCGGCCGACAGACGACGCUCGACCCUCGGAUGACUUGGGAAUCGUUUCUCCGUCACUCUGAGAGGACACAGACUGCAAGGCCCAAGAAGAAAGUGGACCCGUCUUUUCUCAGAAUGGAAGGACCGCAAGGCCCCCCUGGUCCCAGAGGUCCCAGGGGCCCACCAGGUGCCAACAUUACACGAGAGGAGAUGUUCAGGGAAUUCAAGGGGCUUCUGCGAGAGGCCGCAGAAAGGAGAGCCCAAGUGAUGGCUGACAUGCAGUGCAAGAACUCGACGAACUGCUCCGUGCCCGUGUCUGGCGGCGCGAAUGCGAGCGACUCUCUGCUGCCGUGGCUGCCCCCGCUGGUGGAGAUCGACCGCGCCAGCAUGCUGCCCCGAUCCCAGUCGGGCUUCUUCUGGGAGCUCUCGCAAGACGUUCGAGCACGAAAGGGGAAGGAGCUGCGUCUGCACCCGUUCCACAGGCCGUUCGCGGAAGGCAGUUUCGAGCGUGGCUCUGGUCUGAACGCAACCCGAGGCAUGUUCCGGGCACCCAUGAGUGGACUCUACCUCUUCUUCGCCACGGCGUUCGCGAGCCGGCCUGUGUCGGCAAGGGCUCUGCGCAAGCAACUCGAAACGUCCGCCAACGAUGCAUCGCUCAUCGUGUGCGUGAACGCCAGGUGCCAAAAGAACCUGUCGCUCCGCACGACGAGUGAGUUCAGUGAUGGCGAGUACACCAUGUCGCUGUCGGCCAGCGGACCUUUGAUGCUUCGGGCUGGCCAAGUUAUCUCGCUGUGGUUCCACAACCGCACACCUUACCAGAUUACCGUCCACGAGGGAUCGCAGUUCAGCGGGUUUCUGGUCGGCCUUUGAAGAUACAUUCGCCGACGCGUGACAGUCUGAGUAAAAUUAUCAGCAUUGGUGCUCACGCCUUGUCGCUCGGCCCUUUGUUAUUAUUAGUGAUGAAAACGCUUAGGUUUGGUACGCUUCGUCAUUUUCGGCAUCAUCUUUAGAGCAGCCUGUAAUCGGCAAAUUAGACCACCAUCCUUUGAGUGAACCGUAUGAAUUAUUCUUUUACUACCUCCUGCACAAAAACUACUACUCGACACGUUUAGCCAAUGCUUCCGCCUAUACUAACCUGACUUGCCAUCUAAUAGAGACACGUACCACAAUCUGGCAAUGUUCUGGUGAACUCGGCUGAUUGGCUGCCUUGUUGAGGCAGCGGACUUCUGUUUCAGCUCGAGAAAAUAUGGAGCAAUGUUUUCAGCUGCGUAAGUGCCUUCGAAAGAACACAGCCGAUUUCUUUGCAGUAUUAUGCUCUCGGCUUUUUACGUGCCAAUGGUUCCUCAUAAUAUGACAAGUGAAUUUGGUCUUCAUGUUGAAAAUAGAGCUUUGCUUAACAUCUUCACUUUAUGACAAAUGACACACUGCAGAUAUGUUAAUGACUUGCCGAGAAGAGACCCGGUAACUCGAGCAGUGACGUUAAAGCCAGCUCAUUUGUUUUCCUGUGAGCUAUUGUGCGACUCUACCUCGUUUUCAUCUCUAAUAGGCCAUCUCAUCAAAUAUUUAUGUACGUUAAUAUAAGUAUUUUCUUUUUGUAGGCGCGUUGUGUUUGUUCCUUUAUAUAUGCAAGUGUACGACGAGACGCAGGGUAAUCACUGUCGUCUUAACAAGCAUUUCAUAUUGUCGCCUCAAUAUUUGAUUGCAGGCAACAUGGGAAAUGUAAGCUUCCAUGGAGGCUUAUAUACACGUUCACAAAGUUAUCGGAAGAACGAUAGUAAAAGCUUCCGAUCUGUAAAUAUUGCUGCGCACUCAGUACUCUGAAAUCUGUUGUACUAUAGUAUCUCUGUUAUCAAUGCGUUGUAUGACGAUGAUGGACUUGACAUGUGAUCUAAAUUCACGUGUCUGUCUAUGCAAGUAGCUUUGUGUUUUAAUAAAUUUGUGAAUAAAUGUUUGCUUAAGCAAUAUUGAGAC